CGCGGCCCCGCUAGCUCCUCCCGGGGAACUCGAAAGGGGGGAACAAAAAGAAACCGCAGCGCUUCAUCGCUGUCUCUCUGCCGUCUGUCCGCUUUCUCUGACUCCGUCACGGGAGUUCAAUGUGCGGCCUGCUCUUUCGUUUCUGUGUUGAUUUGGGCCGCCCAUUUAUGGCGUUUGUGAGUGUCAGCGGAGACUUCUGCCAGGCACAGCACCUCGCCUCUGCGGACAAGUGAAUCAUUGGCCCCCCAGAGGACUACGCUACCCAGAAACCCCCCUGAAGACCAGCAUUCUUUGGACUGAAGCUGCUCUGUUCUACUGCCCCCUGGGAUCACGCGUAGUCCUUGGCCAGAACUUCCCCAGUUCCCAGCUCAGGCAUUAUAUACUACCAGUAAAGUUGACUGCUUCUUGCUUUCUUUGUCGUCAGUCAAUCGGAACACCUCUCCUGAAUGGGACGUCUUGCCAACAUGAAUCGCCCCGCAGCCGUUGAGAUCACCCAUGACUGCAUGAAGUUCCUCAUCACCCACAACCCCACCAAUGCAACGCUCAACAAGUUCACUGAGGAGCUGAAAAAGUUCAAGGUGAGCACUCUGGUCCGGGUAUGUGAGGCCACCUAUGACAAAGGACCUGUGGAGAAGGAAGGCAUUGAGGUCCUGGACUGGCCAUUCGACGAUGGUGCCCCCCCUCCAACCCAGAUUGUCGAUGACUGGCUGAACUUGCUGAAGGUGAAGUUCCGCGAGGAGCCGGGCUGCUGCAUCGCUGUGCACUGCGUUGCUGGACUGGGCCGAGCACCUGUCCUGGUGGCUUUAGCCUUAAUCGAGUGUGGGAUGAAGUACGAAGAUGCGGUGCAGUUCAUCCGACAGAAAAGACGUGGCGCCUUCAACUCCAAACAACUGCUUUACCUCGAGAAGUACCGGCCCAAGAUGCGCCUCAAGUUCAAAGAUGGCAAUGUUCCCAACUGCUGCAUUCAGUAGGGUGUCAGUGAGAUGACAGGAAAACAAGAAUGCAACUUUAAUUAUUAUAAUUGUAAUAAUGAUUCACAUGGCAGUUGAUUACAGACAAGCGAAGGCAAAGGUUUUUUUUUUGUGGAUUCACCAGCUGAACAAGAAGGUCAAAGGUCAAAGCACACAGGAAGGCCCACCUGCUUACCAGUGUCCAGUAAUGGGCAAGAGUUUUCCGCACAGUUCCGUCUGGUAACCAGUGUCUAGUCAUGGGAGCUUUAUUUUUUCAUUUUGUUUUUCAUACGUAACAGCUGAACAAUGAUGAAGAGAUGUAGAGAUGCCUCUAUAUUAAAUAUAUAAUUUAUAUUUAUCUAAAUAUAAAUAUAAAUUAUCAUAUGAAUGGUCCAGGCGAAUGGAUUAUACACACUAUACAUUUCUCUCAACCCGUAAGUUCAAACAGAAUGUCAAUGUCUUAUUUACUUUGGGGACAUUUUUUCCAUCCUGCACAAAACAAAAUUUCUCUCGGAUGCAGUAAGUUUGGUUUUUUUUUUUUUUUUUUUUCCUUCCCCCUUCUCCCCCCCUUUUCAAGUCCUGUUUAUAAAGUUAGGUUUUCCAGGGUUUUUAUGUAUAAUGAACUGUGUUUACCAGACAUGGCACCUCUGUUGGGUUUGGAGGGAACAUUCCACCCCUCUUCACUUUUGCUUGAUGCUUCUGUUGGGAGUGCAAUAUUGAGCCCACCUUGGGAAGCCUCUCCACUGUGACCGUCCUACAGAGCACCCGCGUUCCUCACGGGAAGAUGCUUUGCAAUGUUUAGGUACUUCCUGCUCACUGUAACCUCACUCUUCCUGCUGGGUUCACUAUAGGACACACUUACAGCUGUGCUGUCUCUCCCCCCUCCCCACAAUAUUAAAAAGAAAAAAAAAAAAAACAAAAAAAAAAAAAAUCCUGUUAACUAAUUUAAACCCUGAGUCCUUCUUUGGGAACCAAGUGAAAUGUAUGAAAAUGAUUGGAUCCCCUAUGAAUUUUUGUCCCUUUCGAACCCUCCCCCUUCUUAUUGCUUUUAAAAUUUGAAAUAAAAUGAACUUUUUCUGCUUUUAA